UGUAGCUCUAUCUGCGUUUGAACGAGCACCGAGGUCACGUGAGCGCGACGGCAGCAGCAGCAGCAGCGGGCACGGUGACGGUGGCACCGCAGUGGAUACACGGGCAGCUUCGCUCCUGUGCACCACUACAAUCCAAGAUCUGAAGGAGAAACCGUAAACCGACUAAACCCCGACCGGUGAUGACGCGUCUGCAGUAACGCGACUGCUCGCUGCCUGUCCCCGCUCACACUCAUGAGGUCUAUUUUUGCACCGUGAAACACACGUUUGACACCGUGUGCUCGGGAGAAACGGAGACGCGCCGAGGCUCGGAUGUGUUGGAGUCGCAAUGGCAGACCGUGAUUCGUUACCGCUGCCGUUGGAGGUGCGCGCGCGGCUGGCGGAGCUCGAGCUGGAGCUGUCGGAGGGUGAUAUCACCCAGAAGGGCUACGAGAAGAAAAGAUCCAAACUUUUACAAGCAUACCUACCUCAUACACCAGGAGCAGAACGGCGCAUCCCUGUAACACCAUCUUCAUCGUCUUCCUCAUCCUCACGUUAUCAACGCAGACGGUCCACUGGGUCAAGGGAUGAACGUUACCGCUCAGAUGUUCACUCAGAAGCGGUUCAGGCUGCGUUGGAGCGACACAGUGAGAGAAAGAUGGCUGUGCUUUUGCCAUCCAAACGGCGCUCGCUCAUUGGUCAAACCUCCAUGGACACAUACACUCCUCCAGACUCGUCCUCCGGCUCUGACGCUGAGGGGUCUCUGGGGAGAGCAGGGGGUGUCAGUGUGGACUCGUGGAUCAGCAGAGCUCUCCACGGCUCUCCCUCAACAUCAUCGUCAUCAUCGUCGCACAGCAACAGCUCUGCCAACGCAGCCCGACUGGCAGAGACCAGCAUGCACACAUACGCCAUUGGUCCGAUGUCUCAUCUGUCUCUGAAAAGGCGGGGAUUAAGAGAAAUGGGUGUUUCUGCUGAGAAUGGAAUAGUUGUCAGGCAUUCCAGUGACUACCAUUCAGAUCGCCCUUGGUCAUCUCUGGAUUCAGAGGACAGUCUGUCGGCUCCUCCUGACAUCACUAGCUACAUGCCAGACUCCGCCCCCAUUUUGGUUCAUCGUCCACAAAUCGCCAUGAUUACCAGACCCCCGCCCAAAUAUGGUAAUGCUGAGCUGAUGGAGACAGGAGAUGGUGUUCCUGUCAGUAGCCGUGUGUCAGCAAAGAUCCAGCAGCUAGUUAAUACACUAAAGCGACCAAAGCGAAGACCUCUAAGAGAAUUCUUUGUGGAGGAUUUUGAAGAACUUCUGGAAGUGCAGCAGCCUGAUCCGUCUCUGCCACGCCCAGAAGGGGCGGAGUCAAUCCCCAUAGAAGGAGAGGAGUUGGACAGACUGAAAAAUUGCCCCGCCUCCCUGGAAGCGGCUCUCCUGCGCUGGGGAGCCAUUGCACCCAAAGCCCCCUGCCUGACCACUACACACAGCAAUGCCAAACAACCGUACACACUUACAUAUGGUAAGCUUUGGUCCAGGAGUUUGAAGUUGGCCUAUAACCUCCUCCAUAAACUGGGAUCCAAACAAGAGCCAAUUAUCCAUCCUGGAGACCGGGUAGCAUUGGUUUAUCCUAAUAGUGACCCAGCAGCGUUCAUGGUGGCGUUUUAUGGCUGCCUUUUGGCUGAAGUUGUUCCUGUUCCAAUUGAAGUACCACUUACAAAGAAGGAUGCUGGGAGUCAACAGAUUGGGUUUCUGUUGGGUAGCUGUGGUGUAACUGUGGCGUUAGCCAGCGAUGCGUGUCAUAAAGGUCUUCCUAAGAGUGCUAGUGGUGACGUCAUGCAGUUUAAAGGUUGGCCAAAGUUGCUCUGGGUGCUGACUGACUCUAAACAUUUAUCUAAACCCCCUCGGGAGUGGUUUCCUCUAAUUAAAGAUGCCAACAAUGACACCGCAUACAUAGAGUAUAAGACCUGUAAGGAUGGCAGUGUGAUGGGGAUAACCGUGACAAGGAUGGCGAUGCUCUCACACUGCCAAACUCUUACACACACCUGUGGAUACAGUGAAGCUGAGACUGUGGUGAACGUGUUGGACUUUAAAAAAGGCAUUGGCCUUUGGCACAGUGUUCAAACGAGUGUAUUGAAUAUGUUACAUGUGGUCAGUGUUCCCUAUGCACUUAUGAAGGUGAAUCCUCUGUCCUGGAUCCAAAAAGUCUGCCAGUACAAAGCUAAAGUGGCGUGUGUGAAGAGCAGGGAUCUACACUGGGCUCUGAUGGCCCACAAAGAGCAGCCGGACACCAACAUGAGCUCAUUGAGAAUGCUGCUCAUCGCUGAUGGGUCGAACCCCUGGUCGAUAUCCUCCUGCGACGCGUUCCUGAACGUGUUUCAGAACAUGGGCUUGAGGUCAGAGGUCAUAUGCCCAUGUGCUGGUUCCCCCGAGGCUCUAACUGUCGCUCUGAGGAGGCCUCAGGAGAGCAGCUUAAAGCCUGCAGGCCGAGGGGUCCUGAGUAUGACCAACCUGAGCCACGGGGUGAUUCGGGUGGACACAGGAGAGAAGCUGUCCGUCCUCACCCUGCAGGACGUGGGCACAGCCAUGCCAGGAGCGGUGGUGUGUGUCGUUAAAGUGGAGGGCGUUCCUCAACUGUGUAAAGCUGAUGAGAUAGGAGAGAUCUGCGUGUCGGCUGUUGCAACGGGCACGUCCUAUUAUGGGCUAACCGGAAUGAGCAAAAACACAUUUGAGGUUUGUCCAGUGGCGUGUGACGGUGGAUUGGUCAGUGACUGUGUGUUCGUGCGGUCGGGUCUGCUGGGGUUUGUGGGUCCAGGCAGGAUGAUCUUCAUCUCUGGGACACUUGAGGGACUGAUGCAGGUCGGCGGACGGAAACACAACGCUGAUGACAUCAUUGCUACCGCUCUGGCUGUGGAGCCCAUGAAGUUCAUCUACAGAGGAAGGACGGUGGUGUUUUCAGUGACUGUACUGUAUGAUGAGAGGAUCGUGCUGGUGGCAGAACAGAGACCAGAUUCCACUGAAGAAGAGAGUUAUCAGUGGAUGAGCCGAGUGCUGCAGGCUAUAGAUGGAAUUCAUCAGGUUGGGGUCUACUGUCUGGCACUGGUUCCUGCUAACACUCUUCCCAAAACCCCUUUGGGAGGAAUCCACCUGUCUGAGACAAAGCAGCUGUUCCUGGAGGGGGGUCUUCACCCCUGCAGCAUCCUCAUGUGUCCUCACUCCUGCAUCACCAACCUGCCCAAACCCAGACAGAAACAGCCUGAGGUGGGUCCUGCCUCAGUGAUGGUGGGGAAUCUUGUUGCGGGGAAACGAAUGGCUCAGGCCAGCGGACGAGAUUUGAGUCACAUGGAGGACAAUGAGCAGUUUCUCUUUCUGUCGGAGAUGCUGCAGUGGAGAGCUCAGACAACACCAGAGCACAUACUGUACACGCUCAUUAACUCACGGGGAGCAGUAGGAAGUUCUCUGACUUGUCUACAACUGCACAAGAGAGCAGAGAAAAUCGCCACUUUGCUUUAUGAAAGAGGACAGUUACGAGACGGAGACCAUGUAGCCCUAGUUUAUCCACCAGGUCUGGAUCUGAUUGCUGCGUUUUAUGGCUGUCUGUAUGCAGGCUGCAUUCCUAUAACCGUGCGACCCCCUCAUCCGCAAAAUAUCUCCACUACGCUGCCUACAGUUAAAAUGAUCCUAGAGGUGAGUCGGUCAGUGUGUGUGAUGACCAGCCAAAUGAUAUCAAAACUUCUCAAGUCCAGAGACGCAUCGGUGGCUGUGGACUUUAAAUUGUGGCCUCCAAUCUUGGAAACAGAUGACUUGCCAAAGAGACGUUGUCCUCUGCUGUUCAAGCCAUGUGAUCCAGACUCAUUAGCGUAUCUGGACUUCAGUGUGUCCACUACAGGAAUGCUGGCUGGAGUGAAGAUGUCUCACAAUGCCACCAGUGCUCUGUGUCGCUCGGUGAAGCUGCAGUGUGAGUUGUAUCCGUCUCGUGAAGUGGCUGUGUGUCUGGAUCCGUACUGCGGCCUCGGCUUCGUCUUGUGGUGUCUCUGCAGUGUGUAUGCUGGGCAGCAGUCUGUUCUGAUCUCUCCGAUGGAUCUGGAGGUGAAUCCUGCGCUGUGGCUUCAGGCCGUCAGUCAGUUUAAAGUCAGAGACACGUUCUGCUCGUACUCAGUGAUGGAGCUCUGCACCAGAUCUCUCAGCUCGCUCACUGACACGCUGAAG